GGAGAUGGGGGAGAAAUGCAAAAAAUGUCCUCACAUUUCACAUUUCUGCUGCUGAUCAUCCAUCAUUUCUGCGAGCUGAACCUCAGAAAGCUCACCAUGAAAGAGGAGCCAGCGUUGCCUGAGGAGAUAACUGUCACCGGCACUGUGACAGUUUAGCUCCUCCAGUAAACGUGUCUAUCCGGGAUCUAAAGGACAACUCAGCUACAGUGACAUGGGACAUCCCAGGAGCAGAGCCAGUUAUCGGAUUUGCCAUCACACAGCAGGUACGGAGAGAGAGAAAGAGAGAGAGAAAGAGAGAGAGAGAGAGAGAGAGAGAGAGAGAGAGAGAGAGAAAGAAAGAAUGGAUGAAUCUGUCCUUCUGGCUGUUAAAGCUCUUACUGAAAAAGCUAUAAAACCUUUAUGUGUUAGUGUAAGUCGAGGUUCUGUAUGUAAUAAUAAAAGCAGUUACAGUAUAAAGAAUGUUCUGCAGGGUUACUGCACGGUGAACGACUUUUACAUUAAAGCUAAAAAUAUAUGAACAACGUGCUGCUUGUACAGGAAACACAGUCACAUAUAAAAACAGCCAUAGCCUCUGUUUGUAAAACAUCCUCGGUAUACAGAAAGGUGAAUGUGCAUUAAAUACAGCACUACUAAUAUCCACUUUCAGACCACACGCUAUUAUCCAUUGCUAGGAAUUUUAUAUUUAUUAAAGGACAUGUACUUUUUUUUUCUGCAAAAAUGCAGCUUGUCUUAUUAUUAAAACACAAAUCCUCUCUAUCCUGAAGCCUUCACAGUGGCAGAAAAUGUACUAUAAUAUUUACAAUAUAUAUUAAUGCACUGUUCUGGGAGCACGGUGGCUUAGUGGUUAACACGUUCUCCUCACACCUCCAGGGUUGGGGGUUCGAUUCCCGCCUCCGCCUUGUGUGUGUGGAGUUUGCAUGUUCUCCCCGUGCCUCGGGGGUUUCCUCCGGGUACUCAGGUUUCCUCCCCUAGUCCAAAGAUAUGCAUGGUAGGUUGAUUGGCAUCUCUGGAAAAUUGUCCGUAGUGUGUGAUUGUGUGAGUGAAUGAGAGUUUGUGUGUGUGCCCUGCGAUGGGUUGGCCAGGGUGUAUCCUGCCUUGAUGCCUGAUGACGCCUGAGAUAGGCACAGGCUCCCCGUGGAGCGGUAGAAAAUGAAUGAAUGAAUGAAUGUUCUCAGAGCCGCUGUUAUAGAAAAUGAAUCAAUGUUUGCUGAUUAGAUUCAGGAGUUUAACAGUGCUGGGUUAUAAAUAAUAAUGGUUACACACGCAUGUAUGUGGGGUUAAAGUUCAAUGGAAGUAGAAGAAUGCUGAUUUACUUCCUUUUUCAUUCUGCUCUUCUUCAAACAAUCAGCUUCAUCUCAUGUUCCAAAGUCUUCAUAUUGCAAAUGAGAAACUCAAAUAAAUUUCCAACCUUUGAUUAAAACAAUAUCUACCUCUUACAAUCCCGGAAAGAUUCUGCCUUUUUGCUUGUUUUGUUUUUCUCUGUUUUACCGCCACCAGAAAAAGAACGUGCACAUGCUGCGCUUCAUCCAGGAAGUGAACACCACCACACGGAGCUGCGCGCUGUGGGAUCUGGAGGCGGAGACGGACUACAUCGUGCACGUGCAGUCUAUCAGUGCGCACGGGACGAGUCCGCCGAGUGAAACGCUACGCUUCAGGACGCCAAAGGAAGCCGAGAGGCAGGCGUCUAAAAACGAAGUCACCAUGGAGGAAGUGGAGCAAGCCAGUCAGCUGAGGGCAGGGGAGCUCAUCAUCAUCGUAGUGGUGCUGGUCAUGUGGGCAGGUGUGAUCGCCCUGUUCUGCCGUCAGUACGACAUAAUCAAAGACAACGAGCCGAACAAUAACAAGGACAAAGCCAAGAAUUCCUCGGAGUGCAGUACCCCUGAGCACCCCACAGGGGGGCUGUUACGGAGCAAGGUGUAACCCCCUACCCAUCUCCACCUCCACCUCCGCCUCCCUCCCGAGGAUGACGAGCAGUUCCUUAACAACAACAAUAGCAACCAGACGCCAUCUGUGACGUUAUCAAGGUGUGACACAUUUCUUCAAAAAACUAUGACAAAAUAUUGGAGUGUAAUAACAGCACCACACUGCACCAGCUGAGGCUCAGGGGAGCCACAUGUCCUGGCAGCUGUUUCCUGUCUGAAGGAAAGGAGAGGAGACGGAGGGGACAAACAGGAGGACGUGUACAGUCCCGAAUGGGUUUACAGCGACGAGACCAGAGCCAACGCUGGAAAGCGUUUUUUUUCCCCUACAUGUUUCUCAUUCAGGAAACAAGCAGCUGCUCUGUACAUCGUUACACGUGACACAGACGAGGACACACAGGAGUGCUGUAAAGCUCGCAGGACCCCGUGUUCUCACCGUGUGUGCACUCUUAGAGCGAGAUGAAACUUUCCAUAAAGCGAGUUAAAGAGUGAUUUAAACCACAGCACUGUACAAAUUCCUUUUCUACAACGUCGCAAUGUACAGUAGCUGCACGUCACGGCCUUCUAUUAUUCAGUAGUUUCUAUGGCAACUACUUAUUUAUUUAUAAGAAAAGGUUCACGGUUGGUGAUGUGAGGUACUGUUUAAGGAAACUUUCCUAUUUUAUUGUUUACACUAUGGAAGGAGUCUCCAGUCUCAGCGCUGUUUUCGUCUUAUUUAACUUCAAGAGACGAUAAAUCCGUGAGUCUCGCGAGGCAAGGUGAGGAGAUGACUGUUUAUUUCUAGCUGCUAUAACAUAAACGAUACCAGGAGAUUGUUUCUCGGACAUUCCAUGACAUUAAACGCAACUCUCAAAGGAUAAAAAACUACUCUGUUCUGCUUUAAAAAUAAUAAUAAAAUAAAAAAAUAGCUGGUUAAUUUCUGUGGUCUAAAAGGAAUAACACCACUUCAAGAUAUGCUGUUCUUGGAGAAUAAUGAACUCUGUAGUGGAAACAUCAAGGUUAUUGAUUCAUUUCCUUUAAAUCUUUUAAAAUUGAUUUAAUACUCAGUAAUGUGCUCGAAUACGGCGCAUUCACAGUGAGAGAGAAUCCAAAAUAUUAAACUUUAAUUCAAUUAACGUUCCAGAUUUGUAAGGAGAAAUAGUUGCCUGUUCUGUACCCAGUUAACAUGUGUAUCCAGAAAAGAAAAUAGACUGAACAAUAAAUAAAAUGCGGUAAAAAAAACAAAACAAAAAAAAUAUGCAUAAAUAACAUGUAAAAGCGUGCAUGCGUAUGGAUUAUUACGUCAUAACCAUGUUUUGGAAAUUGAUGUCAUUUUGCCGGUUUCUCCUUUUUAUAGCUACGGUGCAGUGAACCGCUAAAGUCUCCUGAUUUUAUUGUUUAGUUCUGACACUUUCAAAUUUUUCUUUUAAAGCGUGUUUUAAAGCAUCAGUUCAAAUAUUAACCUCUUGAGACCCGAAUGUCCUCAUAUGAGGACAUAACAUCUUCUCACACUUCAUUGUCUAUAUAUAUUUAUUGUACCAACCUUAUAUGAGGACUGUUAGGUAUAAUUCUUUUGCCAAACUGCUUCCUUGAAAACACUGAUUAAAUUUAUAGUUAUCAGCUAUGAAUUAAGAGAAACAGUCAGUAGAAAUUGUAAUGUACACAACAGUAGCAUACGGGUCUCAGGAGCUUAAUGCAUCCAGUGUACAAAAGUGUGAUAAUGUGUAAACAGAAGAGAAGUAAAGGUAGCUAGAAGCUGCUAUCUGAAUCCGUCCUGAAACGCUCCUGCUCUGAAGGACAUGCCUCUCAAGGACAUUCACUCGGGUACCUCACAGAUGCCAGACUCUCCUCCGGGGGAAUCGUUCGACAAGGGCUGAAAACCUUUCACAUCAGCAAUAAUCCAGGACUCGAUAACGAGAACUUCAUAACAGGGGAAUUAAUUAACAGUGACUUUCAGCAGGAUGGAAAAGUUUCACUCACUUUUUUUAUGAUCGAUUGUACAUCUUUUGUACGCCUCAGAUGAGCAAAAAAAUCUUUAUUUGUUUUCUG